ACACCAGGACUCGAUUGAGGUGUUGAAGGGGAUCGUAUUUCGUGUUUGCGACUACUUCGACCCCGUCUCCAGUGACGGCCACCAUUUGGGGUCACACGAUCAGCUGAAAGCAUCGAAGCAGGUUUGGGGGACGGGUUUGGACUACCUACCAUGGUUGCAGAAAAGAUGGUGAAGGCAUUCAAAUUCGGUGAAGAUCUCUGGGAUCCGUCACAUCGGUUCGAGACAUCGUGGUUGUUAUCGCCAUAUGUUUUAUUCGCUUGCAGGGCGUUAUUUGCUGUAUAUGCCCUGACGACUCUGUUCUUUACGAUUGGCUACCAGUGUACGCACCCAGCCGCGGGUUCGGCAUAUGCAUGCCAGGCCUCCGCCGCGAGUUUCUCGUAUUUCACCGUGUUGACAUACUGGGGCAUCGCCUUCUACAUGGUCUUCGCCGCGAUCCACACCUUCACCUACGCGCGCUGGAAUGUCGCGCUCCUCGACAAGUUCCCCCGCCCGCUGCAGGCCCUCCACGCCUUCUAUUAUAGCACCAUCACGACCUACCCUUUCCUCGUGACCAUCGUAUACUGGGGCAUCCUGUACACCUACGGCAGCGCCUGGUUCCCGACCCGGUAUGCCGCCUGGAGCAACCUGUCCGAGCACGGCUUCAACUCCUUCUUCGCCCUCUUCGAGCUCUUCCUGACGCGCACGAACCCGGCGCCCUGGAUCCACAUCCUCUGGCUCAUCGUCGUGCUCGCCCUGUACCUCGCCCUCGCCUACGUCACGCGCGUCACCAAGGGCUUCUACGUCUACAGCUUCCUGGACCCGACGGUGAUGCAGCACGGGCUGGUGGCUGCCUACGUCUUCGGCAUCGCCAUCGCCAUCGUCAUUAUCUUUGCCCUGGUCAAGGGCGCCACCUGGACGAGGAAGUGGCUGACGGAGCAGAAGCUGGGUAUGGAGGGCAAGUACGCGCACGGCGGAAGGAACGCCGGCAGUGAUUCUACAAGCAGCUGGCGCGACGAGCAGGAUGUCGAGCUCGCGUCGAGUCGCGAACUCCACAAAGGAAGCCCGAGGGCAUGAUGAGAUGGAUGGACCAAGGGGGAAAUUGCGUCUCUCCAGAGCAUGAUUUCAGGAGCGCCUAAUAUACUAUUUGGGGGAGGGUGAUGAGUAAUGAGGCAGGUGGACUUUGUCUGUCUGGAUUUUGCGAGGGUUGACCACAAAAUGUCUACUCAUGAUUGAAGUCAAAAAGUCGGUUUAUCGGUUAUUUUGGCAUCUAUAUACCCACUCUAUUACCGCUCGAUCCGGGGCGUACAGUCGGGGGCGGUUCUUCUGUUACUAGACACGGAUACCCCAUUGCAUGAAACAUUGUAUUUGAUAGCAUCAUUAAUUAGAGCCGCGUGGUUGGCUGGGGUCAGAAAUAUAUGUACCACUUCACAAUCGGAAGGCUACGAUGUGAGA